AUGCAAAGCAAUGGUUCAACGUCAUCCAAGAUCCAGCCCUGGUGUUCUGACAAAAUUGGCCGCAACGACUGCUGGGCCAAGGAGCAGUUGAAGGGUUCCGCACUCAGAACCACCUGGGCUUUCAGCGCCAUCAAUGAAACUGCGGCUGAUGAAUUGAAGGGAGUGCAAAGCGGUCUUCAAUGUGCUUCAUGUUUGCAGCUCAGCCAGAGACGCACCCAGAAAAAUAGACCCCGCGGCUUCGUGUGGUUUGCCGUUUUCGACAAUGUGAAGUAUUUGACCACCCUGGAGAAGUUCAUAGAGCCCCUAUACUCGGGAACCCCGGCCCAGAUCAUUGAGACCUUGCCGGCGCUGUUGAACUCGGUCACGAUGAUCCACACCAUCGCCAGAUACUACAACACGUCAGAGCGGAUUACCAAUCUCUUCUCCAAGAUCACCAAUCAGAUGAUCCACAAUUGCAGGACCUGCAUCAUCGGGGAUUGUGAAGACGCAUCGCAGUUGUGGGAGAUCUCACCACCAGAGUUGAUCAAAAACUUGGAGGUUUGUUUGAAGCUCAACGUAGCGCCGGAUGCUCAGAAUCCUGGAGCCUUACAGCUUUCGUGA